AUGAAGCUCUUGUCGGCCCUCUUCGGUGCCAGCCUGCUGGCCGCCGCUGCAAACAGCUCGCCUAUGAGUUUUGACGAGUUGAUGACGCCCGCCGCGCCACUCAAGCGCGCUGCCCAGGCCAUCACACAGGUGACCAACUUCGGCGCCAAUACGUCUGGGACCAAAAUGUACAUCUACGUGCCGUCUAAGCUUGCGGCGAACCCACCAAUCAUCGUUGCGAUCCACUACUGUACUGGUACCGCACAGGCUUAUUACAAUGGUUCGCCGUACGCCCAACUAGCCGACCAGAAGGGGUUCAUCGUCAUCUACCCCGAAAGUCCGUACAGCGGGACGUGUUGGGAUGUCAGCAGCCGCGCAGCACUGACGCACAACGGAGGCGGCGACAGCAACAGCAUCGCGAACAUGGUGACUUAUGCACUGAAGCAGUACAACGGUGACGCGAGCAAGGUGUUCGUCACUGGGAGCUCGUCGGGCGCCAUGAUGACGAAUGUGAUGGCGGCCACAUACCCGGAGUUGUUCGCCGCGGGAAUACCCUACUCUGGAACCCCGGCCGGGUGUUUCUAUAGUCAGUCUGGCGGCGUUGAUGCUUGGAACAGUUCUUGUGCAAGUGGUCAAAUUCACAGUACUCCGCAGAUUUGGGCAGGGAUGGUGAAAGACAUGUACCCGGGUUUUGCUGGUAGCUAUCCCAAGAUGCAGGUGUACCAUGGCAGUGCUGACAGCACACUGGCACCAUCCAACUAUAACGAGACCAUCAAGCAGUGGGCUGGUGUCUUUGGAUUUGACUAUACCAAGCCAGAUACGACGGCUGCAAACACACCACAGUCCGGCUACACUACGUAUAGUUGGGGCAGCCCCGUAAAGCUACAGGGCAUCUACGCUAUUGGCGUUGGCCACACGGUUCCUAUCAGAGGCAGCGAUGACAUGAAAUUCUUCGGGCUGUGA